AGUUCCAGGGACAUGAAAUUUAGAAGGUAUAGGUAGGAAUCUGCUGGGAACUUUCCCUACUGAAGUGUACUUUAAAUACUAAGUGAACCUGCUUCCACCAUUAACUUUUGCUGAGUAGUUACUUGCCAAUCUCUGGAAGAUCAAUCGCAGUGGAGAUAGUCGUAUCGAGUCUCGUUGCUCAAAGUUGUUAUUUUGCUCCUAAUUUGACACAAACCUUCUCUUUCUCUCCUUUUGGUGCUGUGACUUUGCUCUUUCUGUCAUACGUUUAUGCAUAUGGUCGAUUGCAGAAUUCACCAUUUUCAUUCAUUUGCAGGUCCACUAAGACUGGUAUAGUUUUGCUGUUCUAUUUUAAUGGCGUCCAAUGGUGCAAUACAGCAUUUGAUGUCUGGAGCAGUGAAUCCUACCUCUCAAACAAAUAAUGCAUAUGCUACCAACAAAAGAAAAUUUCUCAAUGUUAAAUGUGCUCCUCUAGCCAAGUUUGUUUCUUUAGAAUUUGAAGGCAAACUUUGCAGUGCUGAAUUCAUUUUUGGGAAACUCCGCACCAGUUUUCUGCAAGUGGGUGUGUUCUUGGCGGUCUACUUGUGUGUUGGCACUUUAUGCUUUUACUUUUUCCUGGAAGAUAUCAAAGGGAAGAAAACAAGUCCAGUCAUUGAUGCUCUGUAUUUCUCUGUUGUGACUAUAACCACCGUUGGAUAUGGGGACCUAUCGCCUAAUACUAGCUCUGCAAAAAUACUCGUCUUUGUUUUUGUCUUCACAGGGAUGACUCUUGUGGGAUUAAUAAUGAACAAAGUUGCAGAUUACUUGACAGAGAAGCAGGAAAUGCUGCUGGUUAAAGCUCUAAACAAGCAUCAAAAGAAUGACCCAUCCACGGAGGAGACGGUAUUCAACAGACCUAUUUUCAAGUGCCUUUUGGGCAUGGCCAUUCUUUCAGUGCUUAUGAUUAUUGGAGCCAUAUUCUUGCAUGUAGUUGAAGAUUUGGAUAUUAUUGAUUCCUUGUUUUGUGUAUGUACAACUGUCACUACCCUAGGCUUUGGAGCUGAGAGCUUUAGAACUAAAGGUGGGCGUGCUUUUGGUGCACUUUGGAUACUGAGCAGUACUCUCGGUUUGGGCCUAUUUUUUCUCUACGUUACGGAGGUAUUCAUGGAAGACAGACAAAGAGCACUGGUUAACAGGAUUCAAACCCAGGGGUUGGCCAAUCUUGAUCUGGAGGCUGUUAAUAUUGAUAGUGAUGGAGCUGUUGUGUCUGCUGAGGUCCUGAUAUGGAAACUCAAAGAAAUGGGGAAGAUUGGCCGUGAAGAUAUCUCACUAGCAUUGAAAGAGCUUGGAGUUGUUGAUGUUGGUAAAGCUGGAAUGUUGUCAGCAUCUGAUUUAGUGGGUGGUAAAACAACUCUGAAGAAGAGGUGAAUCUGAGUCAUCAAGCAGUGGAGUGGUUUAAUGGGCCGUCUACAUUUUCUUGUCAAAAUUCUAUGUCAUGAGUAAUGCGGGUCUCUGUUUUCCUGAGUAUAUCUGUAUGUUCUCCAGGAUUAUGGCUGUCCUUUCCUCGUCCUGGCUGGGGCUUUACACCUCUGGUGUUCUACAACUCUGUCUUGCCUUCGAGACAUCUCCCGCAAUUUUUUUUUCUUUCUUUCUGUUCCCAUGCUGCAAAACCAAUAAAUUUUUAUUGUUACGAUAUAUUGACAAAACCCAUAA